AUGGUUUCUCGUGGAUCAACAAGGAACGCUCUCAAUGGGGGAGGUACUAAUGGCAUAGCCCCACCAACAAUUCGAGGUCGGACACGAGCCCAAAGUCAAGGUCGAGGAAGUGUUCGAACCGCUAAUUCUAGUACGACUUCAUCCAUGCAAGCUAAUUUAGCUAUCGGUAGGAGUCAAGGAGGCCGGGAAGGGGAAAAUCCCCUCACAAAGGAAAUGAUAGUUGAGCAAAUGGCACAAGUCCUCCGGGAUACAUUGCCAAAUAUGCUUAAAGCAAUGUUGGGUGACAAAUUUAAAGACAAUGAAGAUGGAGAUGAGGAAAGUGUUCGACAUGAGAAUACUCAAGCCACUGAAAAGGUGGAAGUAUCUGUUAAAGAGAAGGUGGAGUCACCCACCAACGAGAGAACUGAAUUGACAAUAAAGGAGAAAGGAUGCAGUUUUAAAACAUUCAAAGGCACCAGGCCGAAAGAAUUUAAGGGAAUAGAGGGCCCAGUUGGCCUGAUGAACUGGGUAACCAAGAUGCAGAGUAGCUUCAAAAUUUGUAGAUGCGUAGAAGAUCAAAAAGUGACCUAUGCUGCUACAACCUUUGUAGACUAUGCAUUACAUUGGUGGGAGUCUGAGUGUGCAAUCAGAGGUGAUAAGGAUAUUGCUGCCAUGACUUGGGAGCAAAUGAAAAAGAUGAUGAUGGAUAAGUACUGCACGCAAUCAGAGGUGAACAAGCUAGAAUCAGAAUUUCUGAGAUUAAAGCAAGGUUCGUUGUCGGUUCAAGAAUAUGUUAAUGAUUUUCUUGAGAAAGCGAGGUUCGCCAGUUACCAGGUGGCUACCGAGGAGAGAAAGAUAGGUCGCUUCAAAGACGGCUUAAGAAUCGAAAUCAAACGGUACGUGGACAUGACUAAACCGACCACAUUUGUCCAAGCAGUGGAGAUGGCGAAGGUGGCAGAGGAGAACAACGCUAGGGAGAAUUAUGAUAGAAGAGAUGCAAAAAGAAGAUGGGAAGGAUCGAACAAGUUCAACAAGAAACCAAAAUGGACUCCGACUCGGGCAAAAACACGAAGUGAGGGAUUCACUAUUCCUCCAUGUAACAAAUGCAACAAGAGACAUAGGGGAGAGUGCAGAGCGGGGAGCCUGACAUGCUACAAAUGUGACAAACCUGGGCAUACAGCGCGGGAGUGCCCAGAAAGAAAAACUUGUUAUGAAUGUGGGGCUAUGGGACAUUUACGACAUGACUGUCCAAAACAUCGAAAUGGUGCGACACCCCACAUAAAGACAGUGAAUAAUGGAUUUGGGAAGAGAUCAGAAAAUAGGAAGGAGCUACUUAAGGGACACGGCUGA